AGCUUUCAAACGUGAGACUUCUAGCCUACAUCUAAUUUCCCACAGCAUCCAGUAUUCCGUAGUGUAUCACAGCACAGGUGAGCUCCUCCCUAAAAUAAGCAGGCGCUUCCAUUAUGCUCUUGUGCUUCUGGCGGAUGCAUUGCAGCACAGGUGUUGCACGGAUUCGUUUUUUUCUUCUAGUACCACGAAAUGCAAACAACAUAUUCGCAAUUAAUAUGGGGGGACGUUCAUUGACCCUAGAGGGUCAGACGAGAGGAAAUCUCAACACUUUUCUCUACAGUUUGGUUGAAUUUUGCGUCGAUUCAGUCACUACCUGUUUCUCUCAUGGCGCAGACAAACUUUGCGUCCCCGUCGGUCUCAGCUUCCUGUCUGCGCUGCUUUUACUGCUGUCAUGCUUUCUGCUCGUGUAUCAGAGGUGCACAUUUCGGGGAGGGAAUCCAGGAGAAACCAUCACUUUCCUCUACAGCCUCAUCGGUAACAUGUGCAGCACAAUUGGAGCCAUUCUUUCCAGACAGCUGCAUAUUCAGAUUUUGAUGGGUGCUUUUGCUGCUGCUAUGGAUGCUGUCAGUUUUAUGACAUGCGGUUUCCCUGUGCUCCUGUGCUGGAACUCAAAGGCAGAAAGGAGGCUGAGGAUGAAGAGGGGGCGGAGGAGGCAGCACCUACUUGCUGUGUGUGUAUUGAUGGUGGUUGCAGGAGGUUUUCUGAAGUCCAUGGUGACCCAGCCAGCAGACAGACCUCUUAGCGUGAGGAGACUGCUGCAUGCCACCCUGCAAGACAACACUGAAAUCCUGGGUUACAUGCUUGGUCUGCUGUCCUGUGUGAUCACCUGUACCUCCAGGUUCCCUGCACUCUGCAGAGUAUACAGAGGACGGAUGUUGACCGGGGCCUACGUGUUCUCUGGACUGCUGUGCUCACUGGCUGGUGCGCUCUAUGCUGCUGCCAUACUCCUCUACGACACUCAGUUUGCGUUUCUCUUAAGAGUCAUCCCGUGGCUGCUAUCAGCAAUAUGCUGUGUCAUCCUGGACCUUCUUAUUCUUGUCAUCUAUUGGUGGAAGAGAGGGACCAGACAGCAGCUUACCACUUUUUCUUUAGAUACAGAGAGCCUUUUAGGUGGCUCGGGCUUCCCCCAUGAGGAUAACGCUGUCAUGAAGAGACAGAGAAAACAGCAAGUUCAUUCAUCAGCACGAACAAAAACAGAAAAUGUCCAGAAGAUGACUGAGAUGGGCCAUUAUAUGGAUGUCAGUGUUCAACCUGCAAAAAAAGAGGUGAAGUUGUCCAAGGAGGAUGUGGAGGACUGGCCUCUCAACAGGACGGUGCAAGUCGACAGUUUCUGCUCUUCAGAUAACUCCUGUGACUCUUCACAAGUCAGCUCAGAUCUGGAGUGGGAUUUUGAAGAGGCAAAUGCCCAGUGGAGUGAACCAAUAGCAAAACAGGAGGGGGAUAAGUUUCCACAUCAGGAAUGGCCAACAAAUCCCAAACCCUUUAACAUCUGCACCUGUGCCAUGUUUAGACUCCCACAGAAAACUCUGUCUGGUACAGAAGAGGGAGAAGAGGUCUCCUCUGCAAGCUUGGCAAAAUGACAGACAUGUCAUUGUUGUUAGUGAUGUGUUACACAUCUGGUGCAUUAAUUUGAAGGGAAAUAAAAAGUGUAAACACUGA